AAUGCUUAUACCUGCAGCAGGAUGUUGCUUUAAAACCACCUCAGGGCAGGAAGAGUGUUGCAUCUCUUAGUGUUGCCUACAUCUGACCUGGUGCAAGAACAACAAACGAAACAUGACCGAAACCAGGAUUCAUCGCGCCGACAAGCAGCAGAACGGGGAUGCCAUGGCGGAGACGUCGACCGUGGACGACGUUUUUGACGACACCUACAGAGAGAAAGAGGGGAAGAAGCCGCCCAGGAUCCUGGUGUGGAGGAACAUCAUCCUGAUGGGUUUCCUGCAUGUCGGAGCGCUUUAUGGACUGGUUCUAAUCCCUUCCGCGUCGUGGUUAACUCUUGGAUGGACUGCCGUGUGCUACUUGAUAAGUGCUCUUGGUGUGACUGCUGGUGCACACAGAUUGUGGAGCCACAGGUCCUAUAAGGCUUCUGUUCCCCUGCGAGUCUUCCUCGCUCUUGGCAACUCCAUGGCAUUUCAGAAUGACAUAUAUGAGUGGGCCAGGGACCACCGUGUCCACCACAAGUACUCAGAAACGGAUGCAGACCCUCACAACGCCAAGCGGGGCUUCUUCUUCUCCCACAUCGGCUGGCUGCUGGUUCGCAAACAUCCCGACGUCCUCGAAAAGGGACGGAAGCUGGAGCUGGGAGACCUGAGGGCGGACAGAGUGGUGAUGUUCCAGAGAAGGCACUACAAGCUGUCUGUCGUUCUGCUCUGCUUCCUUUUCCCCACGUUGGUGCCCUGGUACUUCUGGGGCGAAUCCCUGGCUGUGGCUUAUUUUGUCCCUGGGCUUCUGAGGUACACUGUGGUGCUCAACGCAACCUGGCUGGUGAACAGCGCUGCACACAUGUGGGGCAACAGACCAUAUGACAAGACUAUUAAUCCAAGGGAAAAUCCAUUUGUGGCCCUUAGUGCCAUAGGCGAGGGCUUCCACAACUACCAUCACACGUUCCCCUUCGACUACGCUACGAGCGAGUUCGGCUGCAAGAUCAACAUCACCACCGCCUUCAUCAACCUCAUGUGCUUCUUGGGUCUGGCCAGAGACCGCAAGAGGGUUUCCGGAGACAUGAUCGCCGCUCGCAUUCAGCGAACAGGUGACGGCAGCCACAAAAGUGGCUGAGUACGAGGGCGAAGCCGCGCUAGAAACUCUGAGUGAGCCGACACGACGGACCGAGGCAGAACGUAGCAACGAGUGCAGCAGCGAUUUCACUGGUGGGGUGGCGAUUACCAUGCUUCUUUGUGAGACUAAUAUCGGCUUCAAAGAGUUGUUUCCAUUAAAAGUUGUGAACCUCUUUUAAGUUUUGAAGUGUCUUCACCAAGUGUUUUUUGCAACUAGUAGAGAUUUGACUACGUGUGCAAAACAGCUUUUUCAUUAUAAUAUUAAAGUGUCAUUAAGAGAGUGGAUGUAUUAUUAUUAUUUUUUUGGAUCAGAUGAAAAAUGGCAUCAACAAAAAUAUAUAAAUAUAAAAUGUGUGUAAGUUAUGUCUAGAGGCAGUAAUUAAUUACAGACUGGUUUUCUGCACAUUAUAUUUCUACAUUUACUUGCUGGUUAUUAAUUGUCUUUGGCACUUUGGAAGCUUUAUGGUUUUUCUGCAAGCAAGACUGAAGUCACUUUGCUUUUAGUCCGUGGUGCUUUGGUGCGCCCGAGAAAAUGUGGAUUUUUAGCCUGAUAUUUAUAUGUUUUUUUUUUUUUUCCCCCGCUUAUUUUUAAUUUACUUUUGGCGAUUUAGUCCGACUAAAACAUAGGCUGGCUUGUUGAAAAUUAAAGUCAGCUCAGUCAGGCCUCCAUUUGGCUGUUGCUUACUGUGGCCAUAGAAGAAGAGCGACCAUAGUACCACAUGGGGAUGCUUUGACAUCCGUAGUGUCAGUUUUUCUUCUCAUAAAGGAAUAAGUUAUCCGACGCGACUCAGUUUUUUGCUCCCGGUUAGAUAAAACGCCACAUCAGACUACGUAUUUAACUCUACCCUGAGAAAAUACUAUUUCAGUUAUUAUUGUUCUCCAUCUCGGUAAAAUAUUCCAAUGAGACAUGGAUGAGAUGAUUUUUUUUUUUUUCUCAUAUGUUAGAGUAC